AUGAACAAAGGAGAAGGUGAAAACAGCUAUGCCAGAAAUUCCAUAGUACAGAAAGAAAUAAUAGAAUUCAGUAGCUCAGUAAUGGAGGAAUUGGUGGCGGAUUCCCUGCGCCGGACCGCGCCGGAAAGCAUGGGGAUAGCGGACUUGGGCUGCUCGUCUGGCCCGAACACGCUAAUUGUGGUGAAGAAGAUCAUAAACGCGGCCCACUCAGCGAGCUUGCAGAUGGGCUCAAAACUGCCGGAGCUUAGGAUAUCGCUGAACGACCUUCCGGGCAACGAUUUCAACAGCUUGUUUAUGUCGUUGGACGAGUUUUACGGCAGCCUUAAAGACGAAAAAGGCGUAGGGUUCGACCGAUGUUUCGUUUGUGGUGUCGCCGGCUCUUUCUACCGGAGACUCUUCCCUAAGAGGAGUCUUCAUUUUGUUCACUCUUCAUCUAGUCUCCAUUGGCUCUCUCAGGUCCCACCAGCCCUAGACAAGAACUCAGACAAACAUAUGAACAAAGGAAAGAUUUACAUAUCACAGACAAGCCCAGAUUGCGUGUCGAAGGCUUACUUGGCCCAGUUUCAGAAGGAUCUCAUGGAUUUUCUAAGAUGUCGGGCCCAAGAGAUAGUGGGCGGCGGCGGUAUGAUGUUAUCGUUAAUGGGCCGUGUCUCGCCCAAUGCCUCUGCUGAAGUGGGCUGCUACCAGUGGGAACUGCUCGCUCAAGCUCUCGUGUCCAUGGUCCCUCAGGGAAUUGUCCGGGAGGAGGAUAUCGACUCUUUGAAUGUUCCGUAUUACGCGCCGUCACCUAAAGAAGUAAGAGAUAUAAUCCAGGAGGAGGGUUCGUUCGUCAUCAAUCAUUUAGAGGCGUUCGAGAUCAAUUGGGAUGAAGGAACCGAGCGCGAGUGCCACGACUACGAGCUCCGAAAAUCAUCGAGAGGCCAUCGAGUGGCCAAGACAAUUAGGGCUGUGGUGGAACCAAUGUUCGAGUCCCAUUUUAGAAAAGGUCUCAUGGAUGAGUUAUUUGCUAGGUAUGGUCAAUUGGUCGACGACUAUUUUUCUAAAACUCAGCCAAGGUAUAUAAAUCUAGUCAUUUCAAUGACGCGAAAAGAUUAA